AAAACUGUAAUACAGGAAGAAACAUCACCGUAUUUAUCCUUGCUAUACAAGUUAAAAAAGCUCUUUAAGUCUUUUAAUGUCGACAAUCUUAAGUGGAAUGAUCCUCUCAGUUUUUGUUGUAUUGUUGACCGAGAUUCAGAUAUAAUAUUUGGAAAAUUGACGGAAGAUCAAAAAAAGGAUUUAAGACAAAUCGUGCAUUUACGAUAUAAUCAAUUCGAAGUGGAUCCUGCUGUCUCUGAAUUGGUCAAAGCUCUAUUUGAAAAAUCUAAGAGCUUAAACAAGAAGGAGAUGAUGGUUCCUCUUCCACAUGUAUCAGCGGAUUUUCGAGGAAGCGAUGAAGAAUUCGAGAACAUAUGCAUAAUGCAUAAAAUUAUAGACUCAAUGACUGAAGAAGUUUCUGAGGCCUCUCAGCGCAGGAUGGAUAAUUCUGGGGAAAUUAGAGUUGGACGUAAACCUGAUUUUCAGGUAAAAUCAACGUUAGUUGCUGAAGAGGUAGAAAUAUGUCUCAUGGAGUUGAUUAAGAUCAUGAAAGAUGUCCACGUACGAUUAUUGAGAAAGAUCACUAAAGGGAAGUGUAAAGAAAUGAAGGACUUAGAAGAUGAUCUUUCCAGGAUACCAAUAUUUGGCAUCCAAAUUGUGGGAGAAACUAUGGCGUGUUGGGUCAUGACUAUGCCAUUUGGGGCUUUCUACUUUGUUCAGUGA